UAGUAGAGACGGGGUUUCACCAUGUUGACCAGGAUGGUCUCGAUCUCUUGACCUCGUGAUCCACCCGCCUCGGCCUCCCAAAGUGCUGGGAUUACAGGCAUGAGCCACCGCGCCCGGCCCCCCCUUCACGUUUUCAAAACUGAAAGUAAGAGGCACAGUACAACUUGGAAAGAACCCGGCAAAGCGCCAAAGAGGAAGCCCUCUGUUAAGAAAAGACCACAGGGCCCACGGCCGCCCAGUUUCCCCUGGAAAAUCUCACGCAGAAGGCAGGCGUGUUUCCGAAAAAACAUACUGAUUACAGCCAAAAGACACUCGCACCCGCAAAAGGCCCUGGUCAGGCUUGAUUUCAAUCUUGAUUGCUGCCAUUUAUCUCCUGUGUAAUUAAGUUUCUUAAAACCUCGGUGCCUCAGUUUCCCCAUCUGUGAGAGGCAGAAAAUAACCAUAGUAGUUAUCUAUGGUGGAAACUGCUUUGUAACACAGCCAAGCAUUCUACAAACGUCGCGUGCUGUCUCCUCGCCACGGUGUGGCCCCACGUAGACCCGGAGGUGCCAGGGCAGGCUAACUUAGCGGGCGCCCAGACAACGUCCAUGGCUCUCCCGUCCGAGGAAAGCAGAGCCGCAGCGGACUGGCUGACCCGGGCGACGCCUCCCCCAGACCCCAGGCGCCUCUCCGCGCAUUCACAGCCUUCAGCUCCGAGCCUUUGGGACGAGCCUACCAGUCCCACUCCUGCGGCGCUCGCGUAGCCCGAGGCGAAAGAGCGGAAGAGAAGCUUUCCCCCACCUCGGCGCUCUGACGCCUAUCAACGCCCUAAACUUCGUCCUGGCCCUCCUGACCCCGCAGGCCAAAGGUCUCCCCUGCUCCCCGCCUAAAGGAGCAAGAAGCGCGCGUCCCAGGGCGCACCGCCCCACCCCCACCCCGCGACUCCCAGGCCACCCCAUCGCUUCUCCGGAGACCGAGCCCAGGAUUGGCCCCCCGGGGGGCCACGAAGGAAAACUUGUAGGGAGGGAAAAAAACACCUGACCACUGACAGUAAAAGCAGCAACUGCUUAGGGCUUUGGAGCUUCCAGAGACCUUCAGGCCCCAAUUGUUGGAGGAUGUUGGCCCUUUAAUGGGUGAGCAGGGGAGGAGCUGGGACUUUUAAAGCCAGGAGCAGCAAACAGGUCCUGGCCCAGGCUGCUAUGGAUAACUUAAACAGAAUGGGCAGCAACAGUCAGGUGGUUUACCUUCCAGAGGCUGGCAGUGCUCUUUCACUGGAGGACACAGACAAGAAGGAAGUGCAGCAGCCUGCCAAGAUGAAAUGCCUUGAAGAGCCAGCUAAGACCUGUGGCCCUUUGGCUCCUGAGGAGGAGCUGGUGUCUGCCGGCCAAUUGGAAGAAGAAGAAAAUGAAGGGGAGGAGGAGGAAAAAGAGGAGGAUCUGGACCCAGAACUGGAGGAGGAAGAGGAGGAAGAGAAUGAUCUUGGGGAUCCAGCUAUACUUGGCACUGUCCAUAACUCCCAGAGAAUUCUGCUCAGCUCCCCUGGAGUCAAGGCCCCUGGAGUGCUGGGAACGUCACCUGCCUCCUUGCACAUUCCAUGGCAGACCCUGGACUACCUGUCACCCAUCCCUUUCUGGCCAACAUUUCCCAGCGCCAGCUCUCCAGCACGGCACUUUGGACCUCAGCUGCCACCACCAGACCCAUCUCUCUUCUGCAGCCUGCUGACCUCGUGGCCCGCUAGGUUCAGUCAUCUGACCCAGCUCCAUCCUCAGCACCAAAGGAUCCUGCAGCAGCAGCAGCAUAGUCAAACACCAAGUCCCCCAGCCAAGAAGCCUUGGUCUCAGCAGCCAGAUCCCUAUGCUAACCUCAUGACCAGAAAAGAGAAGGACUGGGUGAUAAAAGUGCAGAUGGUGCAGCUGCAGAGUGCAAAGCCCCACCUGGAUGACUACUACUACCAGGAAUAUUACCAGAAGCUAGAGAAGAAGCAGGCAGAUGAAGAGAUACUUGGACGAAGAAACCGGGUUAAGUCCCUCAGGCUGGUAACGCCUUACAUUCAGAAGGCAGAGGCUUAUGAGUCAGUGGUCCGAAUCGAGGGUUCCCUGGGCCAGGUAGCUGUGUCGACAUGUUUCAGCCCUCGCCGAGCUAUUGAUGCUGUACCUCAUGGAACUCAAGAGCAGGAUAUAGGAGUUGCAAGCAGUCAGAGGCUUGGGGUAUUAUACCGGAUUGAGAAGAUGUUCCUUCAGUUACUAGAAAUAGAGGAAGGCUGCAAGGAUAGGCCUCCACAGCCCUGCUUUUCUGAGAAGCAAAGCAACCAGGUUGAGAAGCUCUUCCAGACCUUAAAGACCCAGGAGCAAAACAACGUGGAGGAGGCAGCAGAUGGCUUCCUGCAGGUGCUCUCUGUGAGGAAGGGCAAGGCCCUGGUGGCCCGGCUGCUCCCCUUCCUGCCCCGGGAUCAGUCUGUUACCAUUCUAUUGGCUAUCACCCACCAUCUGCCCCUCCUGAUCCGGAGGGAUGUGGCUGAUCAGGCCCUACAAAUGUUGUUCAAACCUCUGAGCAAGUGUAUCAGUCACCUGACUCUCCAUGAACUCCUCCAAGGACUUCAGGGGCUAAUGCUGUUACCACCUGGCUCCUCAGAGCGGCCAGUCGCUGUGGUGCUUCAGAAUCAGUUUGGAAUAUCUUUGCUCUAUGCCCUGAUGAGUCAUGGGGAGCAGCUGGUAUCGCUGGAUUCUUCCCUAGAGGAACCCAACACUGACCGUACAGCUUGGACAGACAUGGUGGUUCUGAUUGCCUGGGAGAUAGCCCAGAUGCCUGCAGCCUCUCUGGCAGAACCUCUGGCUUUCCCUAGCAACCUACUUCCCCUGUUCUGUCACCAUGUGGACAAACAAUUGGUUCAGCAUCUGGAGGCCAGAAUGAAGUUUGCCUGGAUCUAGUGAUCUGUUUGUUCUGGAAUACAUGUAUCUUGGAAGUUGAAUCAUCAGACACUAGCUGCAUAGACUAUGUUUACAGGGAUCCAGAGAGUCUGAAGACAUUUCUUACAUCUUUACAUAUUGGAGAACCCUUCCCCAAACAUUUUCAUAUCCUUUCUUCAAGAACCUAAAUGAUGUGCCUAAAAAUAAGACAUGGCAUAGUAAGAUAAAAUUAAAGAGCUAAGAGAAUGA